AUGCUGCUGAUUACAGAACUUUCUGCCUAUCAUCGUUUGAGGCAUUCGGAACGACAGCGACGACGAUAUAAGCAACUGCUUAAACAACAACAGCUCCAGAAGCAACGAACCAAUGAUACCAUCGUCGACGACCAGUUCUAUGGGAAUUCUCGAAGGCAGUUGGGCAAUUACGAUGCGACAAGGAAUAAAAUGAAAACUCAUCACAGAGUAAGUAUUUUUCAAUGCGCAGUUCUACUGACGGAAUUUAUGAAGUUCUACACAAAAUCCAUUAAUGCAAUAAUUUUUCUCCUUGCAGAACUUUCUGCCUAUCAUCGUUUGAGGCAUUCGGAACGACAGCGACGACGAUAUAAGCAACUGCUUAAACAACAACAGCUCCAGAAGCAACGAACCAAUGAUACCAUCGUCGACGACCAGUUCUAUGGGAAUUCUCGAAGGCAGCUGGGCAAUUACGAUGCGACAAGGAAUAAAAUGAAAACUCAUCAUAGAGUAAGUAUUUUUCAAUGCGCAAUUCUACUGACGUCAUCAACAACACCAAUGCCUUACGUUGAUCCACAUGGAUAA